GCGUGGACUUGUUGAUUCAUCAUUUUCUCUCUCCGCCAUUCAUUGCCCAUAAAAAAGAGAACUUCCAACUCUCCUUUUGUUUCCUUCCGGUUUCUGUCACUCUGAUAACUCAAAAACAUCAUCAGAAUUUCCCAAAUUCUCUUUAUUUUCACCAACUUUUUUUUAUUUUUCCGACAAAAUUAAUCCUUAUUUGCCUCAAACUCUUCGUCUUUCAUGGAUUUGUGGGAUAAGUCGUUUCAGAGACACGAUCAAGACCUCCCACAACGCCGUCGUAGUCGCCGUGACAACCCUUCCUUCUCCUCCUCUCUUCUCGACGCCAUCUACCGUUCCAUCGACGAAUCCAACGACCAGGAUGAAGACGGCCACCUCUUUUUCUACAGAGAAACCACCAUGAGAACAAAACAGAGUGUGGUUACCGCCAGGACAGAGGACGACGAAGCCGUCAAAUUCCGGCGAGCUUGUAUGAUCGAGAAGUGGAUGGAUAGGAAAAAAGUUAGAAACAUUCGCGAUUUUACUGUUUCCAGCUCCAGCUCGUCGGAAUCCACCUCCACCGCCGGCAGAAGAUACUCUGCGUCGGAAUCGGAGCUUCUGUCACGUGCUCUGCACCGACAAAAGCCGAUCAAAACUACUCCGUGGACUCAAACCGAAACUCAAAAAGCAAAGCACGAAAAUGGGUUGGUUAAAACGAAAUCCAAAGCUUCAAAAAUCUACCACGAUUUGAAAAAGGUGAAGCAGCCGAUAUCCCCCGGCGGCCGCCUCGCAAAUUUUCUCAACUCCCUCUUCAAUGGCGGAAGCCCAAAAACGAAGCAAAAGAUGCCAAAUCCUUCGACGAAUCCAAGGAGUAUGGAUUACGACAUGCCGACAAAAGCGAAAUCCCAGGGAUCGACAUGUUCCUCUGCUUCGUCAUUUUCGAGGUCUUGUCUGAGCAAAACGCCAUCUUCGAGAGGAAACGUUAAGAGAUCGGUUCGGUUCUGUCCUGUGAGUGAAAUUGUGGACGAGGAUUGUGAGGCAUAUGGGCACAAAAGUUUGCAGAAGUUAGAGGAACCCAUUAUGAAGAAAGGGUUGAAAAGUUAUGGGAAAUUUGAAACAGAGGAAGUGAAAACAGAGCAUCCGAGGAAGAGUAAGGGAAAUGAAGGGUUUGAGUACGAGGAUGAAGAUGAAGAAGAAGAAGAAGAUGAUGCAGUGAGCUGUUCGAGUUCUGAUCUGUUUGAAUUGGAUAAUCUUUCAGUCAUUGGAAUGGAAAGGUACAGAGAGGAAUUGCCAGUUUACGAGACUACAAAUUUCAAAACAAAUUGUGCCAUUGCUAAGGGAUUGGUUGUGUAAUUCCAUUCCCAAGGGAUUGCUUCUCUAUCCGGUUUUCCUUUUUUUUUUUUUUUUUUUCAUAAUU